AUGGCGGAUUCCCUCCUCGCUCUCUUCUCUCUAGCCUUCUUCCUUUUUCUCAAUUUCCCUUCCAUCUCCUCACUUCCAACUGUAUCAAUUUCCCACAUCAAUUCCAAUCAAACCCUCAUUUGUGCGUUAACUAAAUCCCCUGCCCAACAACAAACCCGCCUCAAUUGCACCACUACUAGCUCCCCCAACGGAUUUCAACUUCCGAUCAACGAAGGAAGCAGGUAUCCCUUCGUUGGAAUCGUGGGUGGAGCUGGUUUCCUCUGUGCAUUAAGCUCGCCGUUCUCGAAUCCAUCCACAACACCCACUUCGUUUCUAGUUUGCUGGAGGUUUCUCAACAAUGGAACUACGGUGUAUAAGAGGGUUUACCUUGGCCCAUCUCUCCAAGACAUUGAUUCCGGUGACUCUCAUGUUUGCGGGAUUGUUAGUGCCACCAAUCAGCUCCUGUGCUGGCAAUGGGAUCAAUUCAAUGAUGAUUCCAACGUCAAUCGAUCUCAAUUCCGAUCCAGUGUUACAGUUGGAGAGAAUUACGUUUGUGGGUUCUCUGAAUUUGGAGAAAUAAGGUGCGUAGGAAAUAACAGUAAUACUUUCAACAUCACUAACAGUUCUCCGGUGGGGAAUUACAGUGUGAUUUCCGCCGGAUAUAAUCGUGUUUGUGCCGUUAAUUCCACUGGUGGUUUAGAUUGUUGGGGAGACGCUAUAACUUCGAAACCAAAUGGUGUGUUCAAAUCAGUUUCCAUGGGAGAUAAUCGAUUUUGUGCAAUCAGGGAUAAUGGAACAGUGAUUUGUUGGGGCGGAAAUGAUUUCAGUUUGCCGGAAAAUCUACGACAGGUUUCUUUCGAAGCAUUGCAGGCAAAUCGCGACGUGAUUCCUGGUUUAUGCACAACCACAUGCAAUUGUGGUACAAUUCCAAACUACGGAUCAUUUUGCAGCAGAACAUUGAUGAUUUGCAAGCCGUGUGUUUACAAUCAAGACCCGCCGGAAUCAGUCCCAUCACCUGUCCCGCCACCACUUCCACCACCGCGCAACAGUGGUUGGAGUACCAAAAUGGUUGCUUUCUUGGUGGUUGGAAUCGUCGGUUGCUCAUCAAUCCUCGCUGUUCUUAUCUUUCUCAUCUUCAGAUUCUGCAAAUCAAACGAAGGUAGCCGAGUCCACGAUUCCGGACCAAUGGAAGACAUCCAAAUCGCAUCACAACUUCAAACUUCAAACCGAAUUCUCGUAAAGAAGUUGUCACAUUUAGUAAGUACAGGAAACGCAAAUCACUUGGAAGAAUUCACUUUACAAACAAUCAUCAAUGCAACUGACAAUUUCUCCGACGAAAACCGAAUCGGGAUCGGAAGUUUCGGUUCGGUCUACCGCGCCAUAUUACCCAACGGUCAAAAAGUUGCGGUCAAACGGGCCGAAUCAACGUCCUCCUCCUCCCUUCCUGGGGGGACAAAAAAGCGCAAAGAAGACACAGACAAUGCGUUUGUAAACGAGCUCGAGUUUCUCUCUCGUGUUAACCACAAAAACCUAGUCCAAUUACUAGGGUUUUGUGAAGAAAACAACGAACUCGUGUUAGUAUACGAGUUCAUGGAAAAAGGUAGCCUUCACGAACAUUUACACGAAUUUUUUAGCUCAAAUAUAAUGUCAUGGCCCGCCCGGAUCAAAUUGGCAUUAGAUGCGGCCCGCGGAGUAGAGUAUCUUCAUGUUUACGCGGAACCACCGAUCAUACAUCGUGACAUUAAGUCCUCCAACAUUUUGCUAGACGGUGAUUGGACUGGAAAAGUAUCUGAUUUCGGGCUAUCACUGAUGGGCCCACCGGAUGAUGGGUCGCACCUCUCGUUACGGGCAGCGGGUACGGUUGGUUACAUGGAUCCAGAGUAUUAUAAGUUUGAGCAGUUGAAUGCUAAGAGUGAUGUUUAUAGUUUUGGUGUUGUUUUGUUGGAACUGUUAUCUGGGCUUCGUGCAAUUCACAAGAAUGAGGCGGGAGAGAGGAGGAAUGUAGUGGAUGUGGUGGUACCGUAUAUUGUGCAUGAGGAGAUGCAUCGAAUUUUGGAUCAUAAAGUUCCCCCGCCUACGCCUUUUGAAAUUGAGGCGGUGAAAUAUGUUGGAUAUUUAGCAGUUGAUUGUGUGACUUUGGAGGGUAGAGAUCGACCGUGUAUGAGUGAAGUUGUUUCGUGUUUGGAGAGGGCGUUGAUGGCUUGUUUGACGGUCCCGUCUUUUUCCCGGAGCUCGAAUAGCUCUUCUGCGUGA